ACUCUUGUGUAUAUACAAUGUUUCAAUUGCCAGCACUAAGCCGUAUCAAGGUCUGAACUCUGUAGGGAGUACCGUUAAGUUGUCCGUUAUGUCUUAACUAUUUGCGAUAACUUACGUCAUUAAUCUACGCCCGUUACUCGUUGCUUUCGUCAAAGAAUUAAUUGUGACGUAAGAAAGCCAACGAUCGAAUCUAGUCUAACGUAUAAUCAUGCAGCUCAGGGAACAAGUUUUGUUAAGUUGCAUAAGAGUCGCAUCAAUGCACAUUUAUAUAGGCUAUUUCACGAAGGUUUCAAACACGGAAGUGUCGAUUACUUGUGUUUUAUCAUCAAAUUUGAAAUUAAGUUUGUGUGUGCAUUCUAUACCCUUUUCUUCACUGCGAAGCUCGAGUUAUCAGCACCUCUAACAUAUAAGUGAACUCUAAACAGAGCCGAUAAGAAGCAGAGUCAGUGACAUAGUUAUCUGCAAGUGGCCCGAUAAUUUUUCAAGGCUAAGUCAACAUUGGUUAUCUGCACAGUUCGGGUCAAUAGUGUGCAAGUUUGUGUAGAACAUUCAACUUUCUCUUUACACGUGCAUUGCUAUCAAGGUUGCUUUGCGUAAUCUUUCCAAUAAUACCGUUACUUAUAUAAAUAUAUACAUAUAUACACUCACACGUAUGUUGCUUAAUCUUCUUGUUUACCUGAUGGGAAGUAACGCCUCGCUGAAAUUAUACCGUUUCUUCGGACUGCCUCAACUUGUAUGGCUCAUCUGUUAAGGUCAUAACACUUGAGAGCUAUGAUGGCUUAGAAAUGACGAAUUAAAACGGCAACUCCGGAAUUCCUGAUGUAGCUAAUUAUCUGCACGAAAUCGGUAGCAAAUUCGUAACGGAUAUGAUGUGAUACCGACUACUGUAUUUGUUAAACAGUGAGAAUCUUUCUCAGUAAUCUGCUGAAAAAUGUGCUCCUCGAAUUAUUAGUAUUUUUCUUAGGAAGGGCCAUCAUGAUCUUAAGCUGGAGUAGGUGCUGGGUGUUUGGAGCACAGAUUACAUUCCGAGAGGUACCAGGUUUGGUCCUCUUACAGGAGAAACGUAUGAGGCAGAUAAGGUACCAGCAAAUUCCAACAGAAAAUAUUUCUGGAGGGUGUACAAAACGCCAGACAAGUACUACUACAUCGAUGGGUUUGAUGUCACCAAGGCCAAUUGGAUGAGAUAUGUCAAUCCAGCUUACUCCAGCGAGAAACAAAAUCUAGUAGCAUGUCAGGUGGAUCAGCAAAUCUACUUUUAUACCGUCAGGCCCAUAUUGCCAAAUCAGGAACUUUUGGUCUGGUAUUGCCGAGAAUUUGCAGAAAGGCUCAAUUAUCCUUUGACUGGGGAAUUGAUGCUGCAAAGGAUAAGGCAGCAGUCUCAGCCAGAACCGAGCCCUCCUUACGAUGGAAGAUUGCAGCAGAGAACACCAACCGAAGGCAGCACUAAGAGCGAUGAGGGAUACCAUAGCAAUGGAUGCCAAGAAGAUAUCUUGACCCCUCCUGAAGACAGCAGCGACAGUGAUAUGGAUAACAAUUACGUUUUAGAUUUCAGCGUGAAAAAUAAACCAAAGGAGCCCGAGAAAGAAGAACCGCCUGAAGAAGAUCAUUCCAAAAAUGAAUUUCGAAAAGUUAAGAUCAAGAUGAUGAAAGCUUAUCAUUACAGAAGCAAAAGUUCUCCAGAAAAGGAUAGUUGGGAAGAUAAAAAAGAAAAGACUUAUUCUGUGCCCGAGCCCGAUAGUCCUAAAUAUGGAAGCAGUCCGAAGUUUCCUGAAUCUACCGAAAACCCCGAAUAUCCCCUUUAUGACACUCAAAGGACGAGCCCUAAACCUUCGUCUACAGGUAUCUUGGAGAAUUUGUUAUUGCAGCGUUAUCCAAGUAUGGAAGGCGGAACAUCGCCUGAUUCUAGGGAGCAAUCCGUCAGAGAAUCAGUAAGAGUUAUAAUAUCCAGCGAAUCUAUGCCUAAGCCUGACUCGAUUAAUUCUGCGGAUACGAGCAUCAUAUAUCCUCACAAAAAGAGCUUCCGUUAUGUAACUUCUGCAGGUAACAGUCCAGAAAUGCACAGUCCGGAUUCGACGGAUAAACAUCAGCAUCCCGUAUCUACGGCGACCAGCCCUCAAUCCUCUUACAUUCCCAAUCCUCCCGGUGCUUAUUUAUACGUUAACGGAAUUUCGCCCAUGUUCUCAUCCGCUCAUUUCAACAUGUACGCGUAUGCUCUUCCAGAAGGAGUACAUUCACCACUACCAACACGACCAGCCGCCAAUUAUCCAAGCAUGCCGGAUUAUCCACCUCAUCAGAUGGCGAUGGUUCCCAGAUUAACGAACCAAAUGGAAAACAAGAGCCCAUUUAAUGGCCAUCAUCCUCCUCCACCCUCCGAUGAGAUGUCGAACGGUUAUCCGCCUCAUUCCUCUUCAACCAACUCUAGAGGUUACAGAUCUCUUCCCUAUCCGCUCAAAAAGAAAGAUGGUAAAAUGCACUACGAAUGCAACGUCUGCAUGAAAACCUUCGGACAACUUUCGAAUCUAAAAGUACAUCUGCGUACUCACUCGGGGGAACGACCAUUCAAAUGUUCCAUUUGUGGAAAGAGUUUCACCCAACUGGCUCAUCUACAGAAGCAUCAUUUGGUACACACGGGAGAGAAGCCUCAUCAGUGUGAAAUAUGCCACAAACGUUUCAGCAGCACGAGCAAUCUCAAGACUCAUCUCAGGCUGCACAGUGGACAAAAACCGUACGCCUGCGACUUAUGCCCAGCUAAAUUCACACAAUUUGUGCAUCUAAAACUGCACAAAAGAUUGCACACGAACGAGAGACCUUACACCUGCCAGACAUGCAACAAAAAGUACAUCAGCGCUUCUGGAUUGAGGACACAUUGGAAAACCACAUCUUGUCGUCCCAACGUAGUGAAGGACGGGAUGGAUUUAGAUAAGAGCAAUGGGUUCGAUUAUCCCAUGACCGAUCUGAUGGGAGAAACAGAAGAGCCUCUUUCCCCUAAUUCUCUACAGAUAAUGAGAUCGAGAAACGAAUCGGAAAGCGGGAACGAGGGGGAUGGCACGUACAAUAUGGCAUCAGAAGAGGUCAAACAGGAUACGCAAGCGCGGUCGUAAUCGCAAAAGCAAAACAAAAAAAAAAUGUACAGAACUUUUAUAAUUUAUUUAUUGUUUAUAUAUAUAUAUUUCCGUGUAAGAAGCGGAAUUUAUUUCUCUUUUUCCAACUUAGUACACCCCUUUUUCAGAUCUUUACACAACAGAAACAUUAUCAUUCCGUUAUAAUCAUUCCAGUCAAAAGGCGAAUGUAAAAGGCAAAGGGCAUAGCGUUUUAAGUCAGCGGAAUACAAAAACGAAACGACUGUAACCUGCAGUGCGGGAUGGUUUGCACAGUGUAAUGCCAAUUACAACGAAAUCGUAGGUGUCGCCAUCUGGAGUCGCUGAUCGAAAGUAGGACGUGGAUGCAUCCCACCGAAAAAUUAUUUAACUCGGCGUCCUACAAUCAAAAUUAGAACAAAUCUUUCAUUGAAAUAAAAAAAAAUAUAUAGUAAUUAUUAUAGAAAAGUAAAACUUUCAACAGAUAAUGCUUUGCUUUUUUUCUAAUUUCUUUUCAAGAAAGUUGGCAAGUAAAGAUUUUCGAUUCGAUUCUCCAUCCCCCAUCUACAAUCAGUUAAUACUCAGAGGCUCCCACUGAAGAAUCUUUUUUGUUUUUCUCCCUUUAUCCUCUUUGCAUCUGUAUCAUAAACACGUAGAUGUGUUUUAACUUCGUAUAUCUCUCCUAUUGAUGUCUGUAGUUUAGGUGGACAUCGUUCGUUGCUGCUUUGCAGCCAUUUGCUAAUUGGUCGUCCAGUGGUAUGUUCUCAUUUGGACAAAUAAAUAUUAU